AUGGUUAAAGAUCAGAGCCAAGGCGAGUCGACAACCGGCGUCUCAGAAUGGAAGCAAAAACCUCCUUAUCUCGUCCACGACGAGAACAAGGACUUUGAUGUCAAAUAUGAAGCCAAUUGCCAUUGCGGAAGGGUCAAGUAUCAGCUCAGCAGGAGGGAGCCACUAGACAGCAAGCUCUGCCAUUGUACAACCUGCCAAGUACAACACGCCGCACCCUUCCAAUGGGCCGCCAUCUUCCACAAAACAGACAUCAACUUCACCAAUGGCCACCACGAUCUUGAGUGGUACGACCCGACGGAGAAGUCUAUAGCGCACACACUGCCCUGUAAAGUGCGUUGCUCCUACUGCCACUCGCCCAUCAUGGACGAGGGCCGCAACAUGAUACUACUCUUCCCUUCGCUCGUGCACCUCAAGACCGACGAGGAUAAGGCGUAUUUCAAACCCCGUUGCCACAUGUUCUAUGGCCAGCGCGUCAUGGAUAUCCCAGAUGGACUGCCCAAGUGGACUGGUUUGAGCGGAGCAUCGGAUCUCAUUGAAGAUAGUCCGCCCGAUCAGGUGAGGGAACUCGAGAGGAAGAGGGAGGCGGAGAGGACGAAGAAGUUGGAGAAGGGGGCGGAGAAGGUUACCAAGGAGGGGUCUGGAGCGAACACAAAGUAG